AUUUUUGUUGAUUCAUGGAGCGUGACUCACCGUGCGUCGGUUUUUGGUCCCGCCCCUAUAAAUGCCUAUAGUAGGAGCUGAACUCUCGGUGAGCUUCGGCAUAAUUUUACAGGGAGAAACCGAGUCAUGGCUCAGGACAGCAACGGUGAUGUCCAGAUUCCUUCGGCGGACAGUCCGGAGUUCAGACUCCUGAAGGCGUACGCCCGCAAGAGACGGCCCAUGGACACCCGUCUCAAGCAGGACAUCCCAGAGAGAGAGACGUCUUCAGCAGAGCCGAUUGAAGAACACAGUAAAGCAAAAAGACGCAGAAAGAAGAGAUUUUCUUUCUUCUUAAGAUGUAUUAAACCCAAGACAGAUGACACGCCUGAACCACAGCCAGCAAUGCUUGAUGGUUCAGAUGAUGUGAAAGUGGAUGAAAUGGAGAACAUGGUCAGUGAAUUGACAGAGAUAUCAGACUCUGUGCAUUUCACUCCAUGUGAACUAGAAACAGAUGGUGACGACAUCGUGGAAAGGCUGGCGGAGCUCCUCAGAGUACAUGGUGAUGAGCUGGAUGAAAAGAUUAAGGCAGACAAGGCCUUAAACGAAGCACUGCAGUCCUCUUUCAAGUAUGCCUUCUUCAAGAAAGUGAUGGACGCUUUCUGUAGAAGUGUUUCUUUGGAACUGCCAACAGAACAGAAAGGCCAGAAAGUCGACAUCGCUAUGAUUUGUGAAGCCACCAAUCAGCUCUAUGGCGUCAACUACCAUCCAAUGAACCGCGUGCUGGGCUUCGGUGCCAAGUAUCUUCAGGAUACAGGAUACUCCAAGUGGAUUAGCAGAAACAUACAAUGUAAUGGAGAAGUUGGAGAUGAAUCCAUAGAGGAGGUCCAGUAAGCUGAUGAGAUGUUCUUCUCGCAUUACCAACGUCUUACUCAGGGGCACGGUCACUUUAUUCACAGGAAAAAGAGGUUUUCCAGUGUACCAGCACGGAUCUAUGGUUUUUCGCUAGGUCCUCUGAACAUCUCAGGCCAAAAAAGAGGAUUUAUGCACACCAUACCUCAUUAAAAGUGCUAUGGAUACUGCCUCAAAACAUUAGGGCCCGGUUUCACAGACAGGGCUUAGGCUAAGACAGGAUUAGGCCUUAUUUCAAUUAUAGCAUUUAAGUAGCUUUUAUAAACAUACCCUAGAAAAAAACAUUACUGGUGUCCAUCUUGAGACAAAACAAUGGCUUAGACAUACUUUAAGAUGUGUCAGUGUGAGUUGCUUUCAGUUAAAACAGCUCAAACUUGCAUUUUAGUCUAGGAGCUUAAGCUUGAGCCUUGUCUGUGAAACCGGGGGUACAAGUAAUUUAUGCUAUGAAAAUCAGGAUGAUGCAUCAUUCCUGACUGUACAAGUUUACAUAUUUAGUUCCAUUAGUAAACUUUUUUUUUUAUUAUUAUUUAAUUAGGCAUCCAAACUGUAAUUUUUCUUUUUGUUAAAACUGUUUUUGUUUUGACAUGAACAUAUUUCAGAUGUCUACUUGAGCCUCUAGUGUUUGUAAUUAUUUAACAGGAUAUGAAAUAAUUAUAUUUUUUUCAAUGAUAUAAUAAACAUAAUUUUCACAAUC